AAGCAUGUGCGGCCAAUUGUAAAAUCGCAAGCAGAGCUAGUGGUCACACAGAAACGCUAAUGUUUUUCUACACUACUGAGUGUAUAUUAGCCGCAUGUUCUAACUCGGCCAACCGUUUGAUUCUAUGUUAUUUGCGGUUUCUUUGCUAAUGAUGUUAGCGCGAGGAGGACUCCUGUCCAGAUUCGUAUGGAACGGUUGCCGAAGGAUGGGAAACUUCACAUCCUUCAGCUCAAGUGGUCUGUCAAGCACAACAGCAUGUGGUCAGUUUCUACAGGAGGUGGUGUCUCAUAACUGCAUUGUCAUAUUUUCCAAGACCACUUGUCCAUAUUGCAAAAUGGCCAAAAAUGUAUUCAAUGAAAUUGGUGCUACAUACAAGGUGAUAGAGCUGGAUGAACACAAUGAUGGAAGACGACUACAAGAGGCCUUGGCGCAGAUGACCGGUGCCAGAACAGUUCCGAGGGUCUUCAUCAAUGGAAACUGCAUUGGAGGAGGCUCUGACACAAAGGACCUACACCAGAAAGGAAAGCUGCUGCCUCUGAUAGAACAAUGUGCCCCGUGCUGCGUGAAAAUGAACACUGAAGGCUCGGGCAGCGGACAGUUCGAGUCCACCAAAUGACUAACCGUUCUAAUUCUCACUGUAAUUUAUCCUGUGUUUAUUUAAUGUGUCCUCGACUUUGUGAUACAUUAUAUAUAUAUAUGGGUUCUCUGUGGUUUAUUUAUCAAGAUGCACACUUGUUAUCGUCACCCUUCGUCUACAUUCAGGGAAUGUACAGUAUUUUAAUUAAUUAAAUCAAAUCAGCUGAUAUCUCAAAGUGCUGUACCCAAAGUGUUAAACCCAGCCUAAAACCCCAAACAGCAAGCAAUGCAGGUGUAGAAGCACAGUGGCUAGGAAAAACUCUCUAGAAAGGCCAAAACCUAGAGAGGAACCAGGCUAUGUAUGAGGGGUGGCCAGUCCUCUUCUGGCUGUGCCGGGUGGAGAUUAUAACAGAACAUGGCCAAGAUGUUCAAAUGUUCAUAAAUGACCAGCAUGGUCAAAUAAUAAUAAUCACAGUAGUUGUCGAGGGUGCAGCAAGUCAGCACCUCAGGAGUAAAUGUCAGUUGGCUUUUCAUAGCUGAUCAUUAAGAGGAUUUCUACCACUCCUGCUGUCUCUAGAGUUGAAAACAGCAUGUCUGGGACAGGUAGCACGUCCGGUGAACUGAUCAGGAUUCCAUUAAACUCCACAAUCUUUUAAAUGAGGACUAUGCCUAAUUAUUUGCAUGCCUGUGAAGUAAGAAAUACAUGAACUGGUUUAACAUGAUACACUGGUUCAAAUUAUGGUAGCGCUUCAUAAUAAAAGCAACAAUGUGUUACUUGUUACGUGUUAUUUUUAGUAACGUUGUGGCAACAUUUGAAAUUCCCAAUGGAAUGACAACUAUAUAUAAUAGCAGGUAAAAAAAUAAAUGUAGGCCUAUGAUGACAAAUAAUUUGCACAGACAGCCCCCCUUGCGCGAUUUGCACACGAUUCCUGUUGAAAGACAUGCCGGGAGAUUUCGCUUGAACACAAUUUACGCAGCGGAUUGAUUCAUUUUACUAGCUAACUAGCCACUACAGAUAUAGGCUUGUCUACUGCAAUAAAAUUACUUGCCCUACGGUUGUUCUUGAAAUAAAUAAAAAUGACUGGAAGCGCAGGAGAAUGGUGUCUUAUGGAAAGUGAUCCUGGGGUUUUCACAGAAUUGAUCAAAGGCUUUGGUUGUAAAGGAGCUCAGGUUGAAGAAAUAUGGAGUAUGGAACCAGAGAACUUUGAAAACCUGAAACCAGUUCAUGGGUUGAUCUUCCUGUUCAAGUGGCAGCCAGGUGAGGCACCAGCAGGCUCUAUCGUUCAGGAUUCAAGACUUGACAACAUAUUCUUUGCCAAGCAGGUGAUAAAUAACGCAUGUGCUACCCAGGCCAUUGUGAGUGUGCUGCUGAACUGCACUCACUCUGACAUGCUGCUGGGAGAGACACUCACAGAGUUCAGAGAAUUCUCACUCAGCUUCGAUGCUGCUAUGAAAGGUCUGGCUCUCAGCAACUCUGAAGUUAUUCGACAAGUUCACAACGGCUUUGCCAGACAGCAGAUGUUUGAGUUUGACGCAAAGUCUUCAGCGAAGGAUGAGGAAGCAUUCCACUUUGUGAGUUAUGUCCCUGUCAACGGCAGGCUCUAUGAGCUGGACGGACUACGUGAAGGGCCCAUCGACCUCGGUGUAUGCAACCAGGACGAUUGGAUCAACGCAGUUCGGCCAGUGAUUGAGAAAAGAAUACAGAAGUACAGUGAGGGAGAGAUCCGCUUCAACCUGAUGGCCAUCGUGUCAGACAGGAAGAUGAUUUAUGAGAGGAAGAUAGCGGAGCUGCAGAUCCAGCUUGCAGAGGAAGAGCCAAUGGACACAGACCAGAGCAGCACCCUCCUCAGCUCGAUCCAAUCAGAAAUUGCCAAGUAUCAGCUGCUGAUUGACGAGGAGAAUCAGAAACUCAAACGAUACAAGAUCGAAAACAUCCGACGAAAGCAUAACUACCUACCCUUCAUCAUGGAACUACUGAAGACACUGGCAGAAUACCAGCAGUUGAUACCUUUGGUGGAAAAGGCAAAGGAGAAGCAGAGUGCCAAAAAAGUCCAGGAAGCCAAGUGAACACAGUCACUAGUGCUGAGGGGGGGGGGGGUUAUAAAACAACUAAUCGACGACUUCAGUUUAAUUACUUUAAUUCCAUUUAGUUUUUUGUGAGCCUAUGUGGGACGCUGGUCUGAAGGUAAUUAGAUACACACAGACCCACAAUGACAAGAGGGAUAGAGACAGUUUGUGAAAGUAUGCCUUAUCUACUUUGAAGAACUAGUCAAAUGAUUUCAUCAGACAGCUCUGCAUCAUAGGCUACUUAGGCAGGCUAGCUAAAUAUGAUGACUAAAGACAGUACAUUAUAGGGAGCACAUAGACUGCUACUGCCUGAGCAGAGAUGAGAUGACGAUUUUAAGGAAUAAUUGAUAAUAAAGUCAUCAAAUAAAAACUUUGUAAUAUACAGAACUGAAAUAUUGUAUUUCAUAGUAAUUUCCUGUUUUUCUAUUGAUAUCUAGCCAAUGUGGACCUGACAAAGACAAUGGAUUCUUUUUUAAUGUUUUGGCAAUUGAAUGCUGACUAUUUUUGGCUUUGGAAUUUCCAUUAAAAAUAUCUAUUUCAUAAUGCAUUUAAUGUUGAAAAAAAUAAUCGAAAAUCGUGAUAUUUUUUAUAAUUGAACCGAAACCGAACCGACCUCAAAAAGCACAAAUCGCUCAGCACUAACACUCACACUCAUCAGUCGUCGUAUUCAUGUGACCCCCUUCCCCACCAUUGUAUCAUGUGACACCCACCCCCACAGACAUGAGCACACGGGCAGUGGGAUAGACAAGAACUGUGUUGACUCCCACCCACGUCUACCGCUAAGCUGUAAUGUAUGCCUGGAAAGAUGUUUAAAUGAGCCUGUCGUCUUUUCAUAAUAAAAUGUGUUGUAGUUUGAUUGUUAA